CACUGGCCGGGGUUCACACUAGGCUAGUAGUAGCGCCUUUAAUCUGGCUUCUCAACUGCCAUAGGCUGGGUUCCACCAGGCCCCGCCUUCCGAACGGGAUCGCCACGCCCCUGAGGAGGGCCACGCCCCUCCCCCACCAACCCCCUCAGUCCGGCCGAGUCCCACCCCCAUGCUGAGCUUCCCCAGUACAUUGGCUUAAUUUCUCUCUUCACCCCGCCCCUGAGGCUGGCUGCUAACCAUUAUUGGCGGGCCCCCGCCUCGGUUCCCGCCCCCUGUCCGGCUCCCAGCUCCCAUUGUCUCGGCAGAUGCCUCCUGGUCCCUCUAUUCUGCCAGUGUUCAGUUUUCGGAGGUCGCGCUCUUUCUCUGGCCGACAGGGCGGUCCCGCGGCAGAGAACCGGCUUCCCGAGUUCGAGGGGCUCUUCUUUCCUCCUUAGCACCCACUUUGCCGUCCCGAGGUGGCAGCAGUUAUGUACGCUCUGCGAUCUCUUCUGCUUCUGCUGUUGCCUCUGUGUCCCGGUCCUGGUCCUGGACCUGGUAUCGAGGCAAAGGUCACCCGGAGUUGCAUUGAGACCCGGCAGAUCCUGGGGGCCCGGGGAUAUAGCUUAAGCCUACUCCCUCCCGCCCUGAUCUCAGGUGAGCACCUCCGGAUCUGUCCCCAGGAGUACACCUGCUGUUCCAGUGAAAUAGAGCAGAGGCUGACCUGGGAGACUGAGACCACCUUCCGAGGCCUGGUAGAGGAGAACGGCUCCUUCUUGGUUCACACACUGGCUGCCCGGCACAGAAAAUUUGAUGAUGUUUUUCGGGAGAUGCUGUCAUCAGCUGAGCACUCCCUGUCCCUGCUCUUCCACCGCUCCUUCGGCCGCCUGUAUGCCCAGCACACCCUCUUAUUCAGUGGCCUGUUCUCUCGGCUACGGGACUACUAUGAGAGGUCCGGUGCGGGGUUAGAUGAUGCCUUGGUGGAUUUCUGGGCUCAGCUCCUGGAGAAAAUGUUCCCCCUGCUACACCCACAGUACACCUUCUCCCCCGACUACCUGUUCUGCCUCACACGCCUGGCCUCCUCUGCUGAUGACUCUCUGAAGCCUUUCGGGGACUCACCCCGCCGCCUCCGCCUGCAGAUAACUCGGGCCCUGGUAGCUGCCCGGGCCUUUGUCCAGGGCCUGGAGACUGGAAGAGAUGUGGUCAGCGAAACGCUUAAGAUGCCGAUGUCCGAAGGCUGCAGGCGGGCUGUGAUGCGUCUGACAGGUUGCCCCCUUUGCCGGGGGGUCCCCUCGCUGCCACCCUGCCGGGGCUUCUGCCUCAACGUGGCCCAUGGCUGUAUCGGCAGCCAGGGAUUGGAUCCUGACUGGGGGCCCUACCUGGAUGGUCUCCUGCUCCUGGCUGAGAAGAUCCAGGGCCCCUUUUCCUUUGAGUUAGCAGCCCAGUCCAUCGGGGCGAAGAUCUCAGAAGGUUUGAUGCAUCUGCAGGAAAACAGUGUGGGGGUGUCAGCCCAGGUGUUCCAGGAGUGUGGGAGCCCCCAACCCACGCCGGCCCGCGCCCGCCGAGCCCCGGCCCCCCGGGAAGAGGUGAGCCGGCUCUGGUCGGCGGCGGCGGCGGAGGAGCGGCCGGCAACCGCUGCGGGCUCCAGCCUGCCCCAGCUGGUGUGGGAGCUCCGCGAGCGGCUGAGCCGAGUGAGAGGCUUCUGGGCCGGGCUGCCCCUGGCGGUGUGCGGGGACCCCCGCAUGGCGGCGGACCUCUCGCAGGAGGCGUCGCCCUGCUGGACCGGAGCUGGGCAGGGCCGGUACUUGUCACCCGUGGUUGGGGGCUCCCAGGCUCAGCACCUCGACAACCCAGAGCUGGAUGCGGAAGCCUCGAGCCCCGACCUUCAGACGCGGAGGCGGCGGCUGAAGCUGCGGGCGGCCACGAGCAGGAUGAAGGCGGCCGCCCAAGGACGCGACUUGGAGCAGGAGGACUGGGAGGACGCUAGCGGCUCCGGAGAGGGACAGCACUAUGCAGAUGACUGGAUGGCUGGGGCAGCAGCUGCGGCCCCCCCAGGCCGGCCUCUUCGCCCUCCUCGAAGGGAUAGUGCUGGGGGUAAAGGAGGCAAUGUCCUUAUCCGCCACAACCAGGACAGGAACAGGACUGGAGGGACAUCUAUUGGUUUUCAUGCCCAACCUCUCCUCAUUCUCUUCCUCUCAGCCCUCGCCCUGCUUGGACCUCGAUAACAGGGGAGGGGUGCCCUGGCAUCAGAAGGGUUCAUGGCCCUUCCCCUCCUCCCCCCGCCCCCCAGAGGGUCUGGGGAGGAGUCGAAGGGGGCUGCAGAGAGGCUAGAAGAAGGACUUUUUGGGUGAAUGGCUGGGGCCCCAAAUCCAGAAGAUUUCCAUUGGUGCGUUGGGGGAGGGUGUUCACAAUGUUUAUUUUUUCAUUUAGUAUCUGGGGAGGAGGGGCUGCGGGUAUUUAUGUAGGAAGGAGGUGUGGUCUCUCCAGCCCAGCCUCUGUGGUUGGGCUGGUGGUCAGCUGCAACCAGGAGAGAGGGAGGGGUGGGUCUGAAGGAAGUUGGAAGUAGGAAUGGGUGGGGGCACCCAGUCUCAGAAACAGACAAAGCUGGGUGCUGAUGGGGUGCAGGGCAGGGGACCAGGGUGGGUGUGAAUAGGAUGUCAGGCUCUAUGGACCUGGGUUCUAUUGAGUUUUUUCAGUAUCAAUUUUUUAAACUAAAUGCCAAAAAAAAAAAAAAAAGUUCAUCUCAUGGCCUCUGCCAUCCACCACAUCCUUCACAAGCUUACUCAUUUCAUGCUUCAGUGUUUAUUCCAUAAAUAAACUGCUAAUUUAUUGAA